ACCACCUUCACCUUCACCUUCAUCACCAUCACCAUCACCAUCAUCAACACUUUCAUCAUCAUCAGCAUAUUAUACCACUUUUAUCAUUUUAUCAUUCUAUCAUUCUUGAUCAUCUCAUCUCAUUAUGACCACUUCAUCUUCAAAUCGAAUUCAUCAUCCAACUCAAUCUCCAACUACUAUCUCUUCCAAUUAUCAAGCUAAAAUAUCUCAACAACCAUCUGGUACCUUGGCUGAUCUAACGGCUUGUGUUAGAUCUACAAAAGGAGACAUCCCUCCUCCUCUAGUCGGUGCUUCUAUCACCGUACUCGGAACAGGUCUCUAUGUCUUUGGUGGUAGACUAGUGCCAACCAGGCUCAUGGUUUCAGAUCUCUACCGACUUGAUCUACAAUCUCUACAUUGGGAAAAGAUUUGGCCGUCUUCUGAUUCGUCACAUAAUUCAAUCGAUUUCAAAGGAAAAGGUAGAGCCAUCAACCCACAUCAAACAUCAACUCUCAAUCGGAAAUCUUCAUCUGAAACUUCGAUUCCAAACUCUCAAGAUCUCGAUGCUACCACUCAUCAAAUCCCUCGUGCUCGUUACUUUCAUUCUGCUGAAGCUUGGGAUCAUAAAUUAAUUAUCUUUGGUGGUAUGGGUUAUGCAAAUAAUAUGCUCGAUGAUCAACAAAGACCGGUCACACCUGAUUUGAAUUCGGAUACCGAAGUUGGUCUUUGUGUCUUGGACGAUGUCUUGGUGUUUGAUACGAUCACUCGGACUUGGAGCUUUCCUUCUACUACGGCGGCUCCGACUAUCACUCCUCCGAGCCCUCGAUAUGCUCAUUUGAGUUGUUUGACAAGUGAGAGUGGUUAUUCGGGUCCAGUGACAGAAGAUGACUAUAUCGAGUUUGCUACCUCUUCUAAACCACAAUCGACGCCUAGGAUCCUGAAACCUAACAAACGGCCGAGUCGUAAUUUACUCACUCUAAUGGGAGGUCAAGAUAUCUCGAAUCGGUACAUUGGUGAAAUCAAUGUGCUUGAUUUGGAUUCUAUGCAAUGGAUCGAAGGUCGCCGAUGGGAACGACAUUGUGGAACCUAUAGGAGUGUGGCUUGCACAUCUCGUCUAUCUGUCAGGCAGGGUGAUCGAUUCGAUUCGACAGAUGAUUCGAAUCCCGAUCAGGUUCUACGAAGACUAAAUUGGAGCGAAAAACCUUCGGUAGAGAGGCCAGAGCCAGUGUACCUCUAUUCGAAUUUCAAUUUCAACGAUGUUCGACGAGAUUUAGAAUUGAUCUCUUAUCCUACCACUCCACCACCACCACCAGCAACACCGACAUUGACAGGACAUUACACGACCAUCCAUCCUUUGUCUCAUUCCAUGACAGGUGUCUUACCCAACGGUCUUCGAUUUCCGACGGGUACGAUGAUUGGUACUCAUCUUAUCGUUUCGGGUACAUCCUUGAACACAGAGAAAGUACCUGAUCAACUCGAUUGUUUUGCCAUUUGGGCACUUGAUCUUUCUCAAUCGAAUCACAAGCAUAUUCCUGUGAAAGUACCCAAUGGAGCUCGUCCUGAAGUUUCGACUCAUAAUAAUACUCAAUUCGGAUCGGGGAAAGUGGUGUGGCAACGAAUCGAUCCGGGUAGGAUCAUGAUGAGUGGUAGUUGGAAUCGAGCGGUGGGAUGGGGAAAUUGUUUGGUGGUCUUGGGUGAUAAGGAUCGAGAUAUAGUGAAUGAUUAUCAUCAUCGACAGAUCAACUUUGUGGAUUUAGCGUUUAUCGAUCUGGAAGCCUUUGCGAUCUAUCAACCACCGUUUUCGACUCAGAGUCAUGUUCGACGUGGUUUACCACGUGAUGCUAGUUUGAAAGUGGCGAAAUCGAAUCUAAGUUUACUUAGGAAUGUUCAUCUGACAGAUUUUGAGAUUGCAUGUGCGGAUGGUCAUUUGAUACCUGUUAAUAAAAAACUUUUGGAAGAUCGAUGGCCUUGGUUUAGGAAAGAGUUGGAUGCAUUUAAACUUCAGGCUACCAAGACACAUGUUUCUUAUCAACAACAGAUGAGAGUGGCUUGUUUGGCUAAACGUCGAAGUCAAUCUGAAUUAGAUCAAGCUACGGGUGGUGGUCAUCAUCAAGAGAAUGGAAAAGGAGGGGCGUCUAAAUCGAUUAAGAAUGUGAUCUUUAGGAAUCGUGCUUCGACUGUUCAAUCUAAUCGACCUAGACACCUUUCGAUGGCCUUCAAUUCAUCUAAAACUAACAUAGAUCCUACACAUUCGAACUCGUUAAACUCUUUGAUUCCUAAUCUCAAAUUACCUGAGCUUCAUCAAAUCACCCCUCGAAGGUUACACCUACCACAUCCGGUGAUCUUAGUACAAGCUUUUCUAGAAUACAUCUAUACGUUAGAAUUGUUAACACCCCUACACCAUUCACCGGCUAUCUUGGGAUCUCUAUUGGUGUUUGCAACGACUUAUAAGAUUGAUCAUUUGAGAAUGUUGACUGUACAUGGACUUCAUAGGUACUUGAACCCAGCUCAUUUGGCUUAUCCGAAUGGAACCAAAUCGUCUGGUUCGAGUACUUCGAGUAUUGGAAAUGCUGUCGGGUUGAUUUAUGAAGCGGCUACUUUGAGUGGUUGUAUGGCACUACAAAUCCGUUCACUUAAAGCGAUCAUUGCCAAUCAACAUAAACAUUUUUCCAAUACUCGUGCACUUCAUUCUUCUGGAUCUAAUGUUUCUACUCACACCACAGGUACAGUCGGAAGUGGUAGAACAAGUAGUAUGGCUACUAUCAAUAGUUAUGGAACUAAUUCGACUUCUGGAAACGGUGUGGGAGGUGGGGGAAGUGUGAUUUUUGAUCAUCAUUCGGGGAUCUCUAGGGCUCAGCAGCAUGGGUACUUGCAGAAUGGGAAUGGGAUUGAGAACUCGGGAUUGGGUGGGAGGAGUUGUGCGAGACCGGUGACUAGUGGGGGGUUUAAUUAG